AUGGAAACUUUAUCUACUUUGGUGGGGAAUGUCACUGGUUGGUUGAUGCAGCCAAUGGAGCAAGGGAUUGGGUAUUUAUAUUACUACAACACUAACAUCACAUCUAUGGGAAAAGAAUCUGAGAACCUGAAGAAAAGAAAAAGGGAGAUGCGGCAAGAAGAGAAAAUUGCCCGGAGAAACUUGCGACUCAUUUCACCCAGUGGUGAGGAUUGGUUAAAAAGUGUUGAUUCCACUAUUGCACAAGUGGAAGGUGUAAUGGGAGGUACAGCUGAGGUUGAAAGGGGUUACUUUAAUGGUUGGUGUCCAAACUUGAAGUCACGUUACUCCCUCAGCAAGAGAGCUAAGAAAAUUACAGAGGAGUUGACUACACUUCAAAAUACUGUAAUCUCCUUUGAUCGUCAAAGUGAGGCUAUAUAUAGUAACAAUGGUGAGGAGUUGCCCUCCAGAAAAUCGCAAGAGGAAGAGGUCAUGAAAGCUUUGAGAGAUGAAGAGGUCACUAGUAUUGGGAUAUGUGGUCCGGGUGGUGUUGGUAAAACAACACUCGCUGAGAAAAUCAGACUAAAGGAGAAACAACAAGGGUUCUUCAAAGAUGUUGUCAUGGUAACUGUCAGUCAACAACCAGACUGGGAAACACUUCAGGGUCAGAUCGCAGAAGGACUCGGGUUGACAUUACCAGGGGGUGAUUUGUGGAGUCGUGGAGAUCGGCUGCAUACAAGGUUAAGGGAUGAGAACAGCCACACCCUUGUAAUCUUGGAUGAUGUUUGGGAGGCUCUUCAUGAUCUAGACAAACAUGGAAUUCCCAGCGGUAGCCAUCGGUGUAAAGUGAUAUUGACGACACGAUCCCUAAAUGUUUGCAAAGGCAUGAAUGCUAAGAAGAUCAUGGAAGUUGGAAUGUUAUCCGAAGAGGAAGCAUGGUUCCUUUUCAGUCAGAAAGUCGGUGAUUUUGGCAACUAUCCUUCUCUGAUUGACAUAGCAAAAGAGGUUGCCAAAGAAUGCAAGGGGCUGCCGCUUGCAAUUAUUAUAGUUGCAGGAGCACUAAAGGGUAAUGACAAGCCUUCAUGGAAGGUUGCCCUUGGACAAUUACGUCGUGCAGAAACAAGAAUUAUCCCUGGAAUGCACGAAAAGGUGUAUCCAUCUCUGAGGCUAAGUUAUAAUUACUUGGGAAGUGAUGAAGUCAAGUAUCUGUUUUUGCUUUGUUCUUUGUUCCAGGAAGAUAGUGAUAUUUGGAUUGAAGAAUUGCCUAUAUAUGGAAUGGGGCUUCUCAUCUUUUCGGGAAUCGAAAAUUUAGAAGAUGCAAGAAAUAGGGUGUAUUUUCUGUUAAAAAUAUUGAAAGAAUGUUUCUUGUUAUCCCAAGGUUCAGACAAAAAUCAUGUGAAAAUGCAUGAUGUGGUCCGUGAUAUGGCUAUAAGUAUUGCGUCUGAAGGAGAGCAUAACUUUAUGGUAAGUCACAAUGUUAACUUGGAAGUGUUCCCAAAAGGAACUUGUUAUGAGCAUUUCAGUCACAUGUCAAUAGUUGCAAAUAAACUUGAUGAGCAUCCUAGCCCAAUAAUUUGCCCAAAACUGGAGCUUUUAAUGUUACAACUCUAUUCUUUAGGGCCAUUCGAAUUACACGACAAUUUUUUUAAUGGCAUGUGUAAACUCAACGUCUUGAGCCUGAUUGGAUACAGAUUUGGCUUUGUGAAUUUUCUAGCAUCCAUUCUGCGUAUUCCAGCAUCCAUUAGGAGGUUGUCAAGUCUGAGGACUCUGUGUCUGAGUAAUUUAAGUUUGGAUGACAUAUCCUUUAUUGGGGAACUUGUUGAAUUAGAAAUUCUCAGCAUAAGAGAUUGUGAGUUAAAUGAGCUGCCAGAGGACAUAGGAAAAUUGACCAAGCUAAUUAAGUUAGAGUUUUGGAAUAAGAAAAGACCACUUAAAAGGAUUUCAGGAGGGGUGUUAUCAAAAUUCCUAGCUCAAUUGGAGGAACUUCAUAUGGUGGGAGCAGAAGGUUGGAGUGAUGUGAUUUACAGUAACCUUGGCCUUCCCUCCAAGUUAACACGGUACACUCUAAUAAUGGGUAUGGGUGAAGUUCACCUUGCUGAGUCAACCUUUAAUGAUUACGACAUGUCUAUUGCUUUACAGGUCACGGAAACUGCCCCAUUGGGUGAUUGGAUCUGCCGCCUGUUGAAGGAGAGUGAAUUUGUACAUUCAAGGGGAAAGGGCUCUAAUAAUGUGUAGACUGAGUUGCAGCUGAAUGAAUUUCAGAAUGUGAAAUAUCUCAGCCUCUGUACAUGUGAUUUGGUGACACAUUUAUUGAAUACAACACGUAAAGUAAUCAAGUUCCCCAAUUUAUAUGACUUGAACCUUGAAUGUCUGGAAUGCCUGACUCACAUUUGUAGUGGCAAUGUUGAGCGCAUUGAGCUCCCUCUGUUACAAAUAAUGAUCUUCUAUGGGUUACCUAAGUUCCAGAAUUUCAGGCCUACAGCCAUCAAUGACUCAAAUCCUCUUUUUGAUGAAAAGGUUUCUUGUCCCAACCUGGAAUACCUACGCUUCUAUAAUUCUAACAUAAGUGCUCUAUGCUCUCACCAACUUCCAACAGCCUACUUCAGCAAAUUCAGCAAACUUCAAAAAUUGAUAGUAUCAGUUUGUGGAAAAUUGAAAAACUUGAUGUCUCCAUCAGUGGCCAAAGGUCUUGUGAAUCUCGUAGUGUUAUGGAUAACAAAUUGUGAAUCAAUGGAAGAAGUGAUCACAAAAGAGGAACAACAAGGAGAAGGAAUCAUGACCUUAUUUCCCCGAUUGGACGCACUGAGGCUUUGCGAGCUGCCUAAGUUGGGGCAUUUCUUUCUGACAAACCAUGCUCUUGAAUUUCCAUUACUCAGAUCUGUGAAAAUUGAUGACUACCCUGAAAUGAAGACAUUUGUUCAACAGGGAAUAUAUGUGGGUACACCGAGUCUUGAAAGAGUGAAUCGUGAUUAUAAGGUGAAAGUAGAUGAUCUAAAUAAAUGGAUACAGCAGAGGUUCAAUAACAAGGAACAAGAAGCUAGUGAUAGUGACGAAGCUGAACCUAGUCAUGACCAUGAAGCUGAACCUAGUCAUGCCAGAAAAUUGAAUGUAUCAAAUUGUGGAAAAUUGAGAAACUUGAUGUCUCCAUCAGUGGCCAAAGGUCUUCUGAAUCUCCAAGUGUUAUGGAUAGAACACUGUGAAUCAAUGGAAGAAGUGAUCACAAAAGAGGAACAACAAGGAGAAGGAAUCAUGACCUUAUUUCCCCUCUUAGAACAGCUGGAUCUUACCAAUCUGCCUAAGCUGGGGCAUUUCUUUCUGACAAACCAUGCUCUUGAAUUUCCAUUACUCAGAAAUGUUGAAAUUGAUGACUGCCCUGAAAUGAAGACGUUUGUUCAACAGGGAAUAUCUUUGAGUACUCCGAUUCUCAAAUGUGGUGAUGAGGAAGCAUGGUUCCUUUUCAGUCAGAAAGUUUCGUGUCCUAACCUGGAAUACCUACUCAUCUAUCGUUCUUACAUAAGCGCUCUAUGCUCUCACCAACUUCCAACUAACUACUUCAGCAAACUUCAAAGAUUGAGAGUAUGGAGUUGUGGAAAAUUGAGAAACUUGAUGUCUCAAUCAGUGGCUAAAGGUCUUCUGAAUCUCCAAGAGUUAUGCAUACAAGGCUGUCAAUCAAUGGAAGAAGUGAUCACAAAAGGAGAAGGAAUCAUGACCUUAUUUCCCCGAUUGGCAGAUCUGACUCUUAAUUAUCUGCCUAAGCUGGGGCAUUUCUUUCUGACAAGUACAGAACAUGCUCUUGAAUUUCCAACGCUCAAGGAAGUGACUAUUUGUGGCUGCCCUGAAAUGAAGACGUUUAUCCAACAGGGAAUAUCUGUGAGUACACCCAGUCUAAAAUGGGUGAUAUUCAAUCAAGAGAUGGGGAAAGUAGAUGAUCUAAAUAAAUUAAUACAACAGAGGUUCAAUAACAAGGAACAAAAAGCUAAUGAUGGCAACGAAGCUGAACCUAGUCAUGCCAGAAAUUAG